AGAGACGGCAUAGGACUGGAGCCCCAGAGAGGAAAUGCUCAACAACCGUUAUUUAGGGUGACAUUGAGCGAAAACAGCGCAAAUAUCUAAAAGGGAUUGCAGACACUCACCAAGGUGAGCUUUCAACUGCCGAACACACGAUUUUUUUGCGUUUUUUUCACCCAGGACUGUAGCAUCAAAUUAGCACUAGCUUCAGCAGGACGAUAGACUGUACCACGCAAACACUUCUACUACCUCACUCAAAUUCACCAUAGUACACCACCGAAUUAAACAGACUUUUAUGGCCGAAUGGGUGUUGAAGAAAUGGUUGUGUUACGCGGUGCAAGAUUUUAGUCUGUGAUUUGGUUGACGGAAUGCGGAAGUAACGUACAGCGGGCGGCACAGCUGACUUAUUGACGAAUUGGCUUCACGUCAAUGUGUCAAUGACACAAGAUGUGAUCACACGCUGUGUCACUAUGCUGGCGUGCGCAACAACACUGACAAGUUCAUGGGUAAUUCGAUGACAUGAUCGGCCACGUUUAUGUUUCAUACCCAGUAAUGUUCGGCCAUGGGUCCGCACUGGACAAGACGUCAUUAAACGGAACACCGUUUUCCCUUGCGUCUGUUUGUUUACUCACAGAUCUGCGACAGACGGACCCUAAAAGGGAAUGAAGGAUGUAGAUUGGUUUCAAAAGCAACCUGGAACACUCUACAGGCUAUGAAUUCCUCUGAGCAUGGGGACGCUUCAGAUGGAAAAAUGCUUGAAAAAGAGACACAAUCAUCUGUGUCUGUUGUCAGAACACAAGCAUGGUAAAAAAGACAAGCCUGAGGACUUGGCUUUCUGUGAGGGGCCCAGAGAGCAUGGCGGAUCUCCUGGAUACACUGAGGCUGGGAAACGAUCUUCUUCAGAAAUGGAACCAGACUCUAAGCAGUCCUCAAGUGGCAAGAGAGUCAAAGUCACAGGAGAGAUGAGGCGGCAAUCGGCAGAUGAAGGCAGAAGACAUGAGCCUCUGUGUCUCAGCACAAGUGGGGAGUUGAGGGACAACCUCCACGGCAAAUCCAGGUUUUCCUACAGAAAGCCUCUCUUCAGUAUCUCCCACAGAAUCUUAGAGAAGAAGAACACACACAGUCUGGAGCAGCAAGGUCCAGGUCAAGGUCCUGGAAAUCCAUUCAAUACUAGUGGCUUCUCUUCCACUCUCCCUGGACUCUCCCAGGAAAAUGACUCAUGUGAGGCUUUUCCAAGCGUGGACAAUUCAAGCCAAGAGUGGUCAAAAGACUCAAAAGACAUUUACCCUCUAAUUGAAAAAAUGUUUUUCAUUCUUAAUAGCCUUAGUUCCACCAUGACUCAGCUGCAUAGCAAAGUGGACCUGUUAAGUCUAGAAGUCAUGCGGAUAAAGAAGCAAAUCAAACCGGCGCAGAUGGUGACGGAGUUCCAGCCUCCUCCAGAAUAUCUGUUAACAAGCGAGGAGUUGAAUCCUCUCAUGGAGCAGACAUCCAGUGCCGGGGAGCUGGGUUGUCGCUUACUUGUUCAUCUCUUUCCUCAAUUGUUCAAAGCCAGGGAGUGCUCCCAUGACUGUUUGGCAGGCAAGCGUUCGCUGGAAUCUUUACAUUUACAGCUGAUCCGCAAUUACGUAGAGGCGUGUUAUCCCUCAGUCAAGAACAACAGCGUGUGGAAGGGAGAGUGUCUCCCUCAGAUUAACGACUUCUUUAAUCGCUUCUGGGCCCAGAGGGACAUGGAGAGCGCCCGGCUGCUCAGGAAGCAGACCUCGACUGGAGACGAACUAAAAGCAGAGAAUUCUCUGACCUAUCAUUUCAUAAAUGAGCAAGGGCGGGAGGAGCUCCUUUCACAGGACAACCAGCAGUGCGGCUUGGUUGGAAUGUUCAACGAUCAAGCUACAGAGGAGCUGGAUGAGCUCUCUUCCCCAGAAGACUUUGUCAUUUUCCUCAUCCAUCGACUAUUCCCUGAGCUUUUUGAAGAGGGUAAUAAAGUGCCAGAGGGCUCCAACUGUUUAAACAGUGUGGGUCAACUGAUUCUAGACUCGGACAGGAUGGAAAUCAUCAAGAGGUACAUGGAAACCAAUUUUCCAGAUGUGCCUGAGGAGAGCUGGCUUCAGGUAUGUGUUCAGCAUAUGGAGGAUGCGCUCGAUGGUCCUCACAGCAAUGGCAACGCAAGUGAACCUGAAAACAUGAAUGAUGAAAACGAUGAGCUGGCAAACAUGGCCGAGGACGUUUCUGCUCUGAAAGUUCCAGAGAUCUGUGACAAUGAAAGGCCCUCUCGUAAGUCCAAAAAGUCACUGCUAUCGCCGAUAGAUUUUGACAAUCUGGAGAUCCCAAAACCAGACUUUACCGUUCCCCAUGAGUUUCUCUUGUCCAAGGAGCAAUUGAAGUAUAACUAUGAAUGCAGUUUGUCCAUUGGGAACUUUGCCUCACGGCUGCUGGUGCUCACGUUCCCUGAGCUCUUCACCCACGAAAACGCUAGGAAGCUUUACAACUGCAGUGGUUCUCUCGGUAAAAAACAGCUUGAUCCCUUGCGUGUGAACCUGAUCCGCCAUUACGUGCAGUUAGUCUACCCACGGGCUAAGAACGACCGAGUCUGGAUGCUUGAGUUUGUGGGAAAACUCGACGAGAGGUGCCGGAGACGCGACACAGAACAGAGGAAAUCCUACCUGCAGCACCGCAAAGCAUAUGGUCACGACGCAGAGCAGGACUUUUUCCUGAAGCAGAUCCACCCAGACUUCAUGAGGGAGGAUUCAGACAAUCCCACGUUACCCCCUGAGAAAAGCAGUAAAGACUUUUGCAAAAUUCCCAUGGAUGAACUGAUCGUUUCCAAACCCGACUUCCCAGUUCCGCCGGCUUACCUUCUCUCAGACAUGGAGGUUCGUGAAAUAGUCCAGCAGAGUCUUUCGGUCGGAAACUUUGCCGCUCGACUGUUGGUACGCCUUUUUCCGGAGCUUUUCACACAGGACAACCUGCGGCUGCAGUACAACCAUUCGGGGGCUUGCAACAAGAAGCAGCUUGACCCCGUGCGCCUCAGACUGAUCCGUCACUAUGUAGAGACUGUGUACCCCGUGGAGAAGAUGGAGGAAGUGUGGCACUACGAGUGCGUGCCAAGCAUUGAUGAACGCUGUAGGCGCCCUAAUCGGAAGAAGUGUGACAUUCUGAAAAAGGCCAAGAGGUCAAAUUCUGUGUUGUAGUGCCAGCCCACCCCAGACACAGUGUCAUUUUUGCACAGCAUAUAAGCUUAACUUUUACAAACUUGUCCUAUUUAGGAUGAAGCCAAAAUUUGUCAUGUGCUUCUUAUUUACAACAACUCUUAGUCCUGCUUAAUAACUUUGUAACAGCUAUAGACCCUACUCACCAACGUCACAGAAUGACGUGUCGCUGUAUCCGGCCGCCAUAUUGUCCGUCUCUGUUUAGCCCUAUUCUCAAUGGUUUCAGUUAGUCGUUCAGUUUAUAGAGCAAUUCAUGGAAGCCCCGGUGCUUCAAGACGCUGUAAACUCAUUGGAUGCGUUGCAUAAAAGGCGCUAUGUGGAAAAGCUUCAGUCUAUCCAUUCGCCAGAUCCAUAUUUGAUGCCUAAAUCGAUAUUUUUCGACCCGCUGUCUUCGCCCUCUCUGCCUGACACCUGCUACCCUGAUAUCUACAACUAUCUUGUCCACACAAAAUCAGCAAUUCUCACGAAAGUUUGAAAAACUUUAAGAGCAGCACUCUAAGCAACAUUACCCCAUGUGACCCUUUACUUCCAAUUUUCUAAAAUGGCGACAAUCAAUUAAAAAAAAAUAAGUUGACUGCGAUGGCCAACGCUUCAAGGACAGGUGGAUAUUGGACUAUUUCUUCAAUAAAACAAGCAACAACUGUGUCUGCCUCAUUUGCAAAGAGACAAUCGCUGUUUUCAAAGAGUUAUAUGUGACGCGAUAAUAUUACCGAACAAGACACGCUGACAUGUACGACAUUACAGGGAAGAUACGCAGCGAGAAAUUCUAGCAACUAGGAAGCUAGUUUAAUUUCACAGCAGCAUUAUUUCGCAAGAGCCCGAGUGUCGAAAGAGAACGCCACAAAGACGAGAUUGUUGAAAUUAUGAAUUUAAAAAAAUAUUAAUAAAGCAAAUGUGACACACAAAAGGGCUUUUAUAAAAUUUGUUUAAAAAUAUUGUUCUAUGUAAAUCAGCCAAGGUAGCCCCCCGCAUUUUUACCACACCAAAUCUGGCCCCCUUUGCAAAAGGUUUGGACACACCUGUUUAACUGAUGAUCCGUAGACGAGGCCAGCUUCUUUCACUUGGUACCAGCUAAAUAUUAUUUAAAAUGUAAUGGUGGAAGAAAUAAGCAUCUUGAAUUUGAAACUGUAUGUUGUCGGCGAUUAGCCUCGCAAUGAUCUUAAUUGGGGUUGUCAGCCCCAAACCCUCUAAAUUUAUAUUAAAUGCAUCUUACCAGAUAUAAAAUGACUACUACAUAAUCUGUAGUGAUCGUUUGGUGCCCAGUUUUCUCGUCGAAUUGCAGCAGUCCAUCUCGCUCUCCUCUCCGGGUCUCUCGGAAUACGGUAGUCUCUCCGUCUAUCUUCUCUGUUAUUGCAACCAACCACCACACACACCUUCACCAUUUUGAUUAUUAAUGUUAACGAGCAGAAAAACAUGCCAUAAUAGGAGGAAUUUACGUAGCGGUAAUGCGUCAAAACGACGAGUAGACGGACAAUAUGGCGGGGAGGCAUGGUUGUGACGUCAUGUGAGUAGGGUCUAUAGACAUAUAGACCCCAAUCACCAACGUCACACAAUCACGUGAUCGCUGUAUUGUGCCGCCAUAUUGUCCGUCAUUGUGUGUCCGUAUUGUCAAUGGUAGUAGUUUCUAAAGGUGGAUACACUUGCAAAUUAUGGAAGCUCCGGUGCUUUCAGACGUUGUAAACUCAAUGGAUGAGCUGCAUAAAACCCGUUAUUUGGAAAAGCUUCGAUCAAUCCAGUCGCCACAUCCAUAUUUGAUGCCCAAACCGAUGUUUCCUCCCGUCCGGUCCCGUGCCGUGCGUCAGAGCUCGCCCUGAGACCACAAAAUUUCCAAUCAUACUCCAGUUUAUGUCACGAUGAGGAGUCGGGUACCCAAAAUCGGCACCGGCCCAAAUAUAAACCGACAUUUGGUCAGCUGAGCGUCACCGUUGUCACUAUUGUAAAAUGAAACUUGAUCGACAACGGGCCGGUGUGUGCCGAAAAAUAGCUGCCCCGCGUGAAAUGUUCCCCCUGCCGGGAGUGCUUAUUUAUAACGCUUUAUUGACGUGAAAACAUCAAAUGUUUUCAUGGACGCAUUACAGUAAUGGAUUUACGACUGUGAGAUCAGUUUUAAAUAAAUUACACAAAAUAUUAGUACUGUAAUUUAGUAACAAAUCGUGGACUGGGCCACAUAACCAUCUUUGAACAGAAAUGUAUUAGUCGACAGGCUUACACGACCAUAUCCCAAUGACAAUCACACAGGUUUGACAUUUAUUAUUUCAAGCAGAGUAAAAUAAUACAUAUUCACGGUACAAGAAAGUCGUUUCCGUGUGGGCGCUCCCGUCAGGGAGGACAUUUCACGCAGGGCGGCUAUUUUUCGGCACAACACCUGUUGUUGCGCUCACUUUCUUGCUGUUCGACUGUGGCGACGAGCUUCGUAGUCUCCGUCUGAUGAUGUCUCGUGUUGGCAUCAUAUUGAUGUUUUCGCCGCUGACGGCUGCCGACACAAACGCAUCAUGGACCGAGAUAAGCAAACCGUGCUGCUUUAGAGAUUUGCCCUUUUAACAAUGGGCACACAGCAACUUCUAAAAUGACAGUUUAUCUUCUCUUUUACUGCAACCAACCGCCACACAUGCCUUCAUCAUUUUGAUUAAUCAGUCAGAUCAAUCGAUGUUAACGAUUGUCAGGAAGGUUUUUGGGUUCGUUUACUAGGCGGUGAUUCCUUAGACAAGCAGAAAAACACGCAGUAAUAGGAGGAAUGUACGUAGCGGUAAUAUGUAAACACGACCAGCUGACGGACAAUAUGGCGGAACCAGUCAGGGGGGCGGAGUUGUGACGUCACGUGAUUGGGGUCUAUAUACGACUUGUACAAUUCUCAUUGGAUAAACUUUCAAAAAGCCAAAAACUAGCAGUUUAACAAAUUUUGUAAUCUUCAACAAUACUAACGAGUAGUUCGUAGCAUAGUUUUAUAUUUUGAGCAGAGAUUUCAGUUACUAAUGUAGCGUUGUGUCACUUGUUGUAACAUGGUGAUUAUUAAGCCUUGUUAUAGAGGUUUAUACUAUAGAAUGACAAUGGUGGAGCACUGAUUUCGAAUAAAAUCACAUGACAUUUUGGGCCUUUACGCGUCUUGUCCUAGUUUUGACUUGACAAGUAGUAGAGGAGAACAGGAUUGGUUGUCAUAGUUUCUACUCUUCUGUGAAUAUCUUCAACCUAUCUGCCAAUAUUGAUUGAACACAAGGCAUCUUAAUGUUUUGGGUUGUAUUUGACAUUUUAUAUUUUCAACUUUUUAUUUUAACAGUAAUCAAUCAGACACCCUGACAUAUUGUGACAACCAUCCUGAUCGUAGGGUUAGUGGUCACCAGUUAUUUAAAAGGGAUCUUCAAAAAUAUUGACAAUCAUCUGAACUGUUUUUUUUUUUUUUUUUUUUAAUUACCGAUAAUUAUUACUUUAAAGAAGGAACAUUACAUUACCAUGUUAAGAAUGCUUUAUAACAACUAUUACAUGAGAACAGGCUUAAAUUGUUGCUUCAACAGAACAAAGCACAUACCUUUUUUAUGUUAUUGUGUAAAAACAAGAAAUCGUUGCACUCAAAACUCCUUUAAAGGUAUUCAACACAAAAUUAACUGAACAUCAACAUCUUGUCUUAGCUAUUCACCGUAUGCAGACAUAGGGUCUGCUUGCUGCCUUGUUUAAUCCAUCCAUUAUAUUCUGCUUGCUCCAGGGUCUGGUAGCGGGGACAGCAACUUUAACAGGGAAGCCCAGACUUCCUCCUCUCCUCAGCCACUUAAACCAGCUCCUGCGGCGGGAUCCCAAGGCGUUCCCAGGCCAGCCGAGAGAGUCUCUCCAGCGUGUCCUGGGUCGUCCCGGGUCCUUCCGCCGGUGGGACAUGCCUGAACACCUCUCCAGGGAGGCGUCCAGGAGGCAUCCGAACCAAAUGCCCGAGCCACCUCAGCUGGUUCCUCUCAACGCAAAGGAGUAGCAGCUCAAUGCAGAGUCCCUCGCGCAUGACCGAGCUUCUCACCCAAUAUCUAAGGUAGAGCCUGGACACCCUGCGGAGGAUACUCAUUUCGGCCGCUUGUAUCCGGGAUCUUGUUCUUUCGGUCACGACCCACAGCUUGUGACCAUAGGUUAGGGUAGGAACGUAGAUCGACUGGUAAAUCGAGAGCUUCGCCUUUCGGUUCAGCUCCUCCUUUACCACUGCGGACCAGUGCAGAGUCCGCAUUACUGCAGACGCUGCACCGAUCCGCCUGUCGACAUCCCGCUCCCGCCUAUAGGCCGUCAGGUCACCUACCUUUUCGUUCAGUUUCGCUCCGCUACCAGGGGCACUAAAUAAUUUCUUCUUCAUAAAAUAGAUUUAUUAGUUCUAAGUAAGAAUCCGUGGAGUUCACCCUCUGAAAACGUGCCAAAUUUUUGUUCACGGUGUUGGCUGGCCGUCUCACGCUGCUCGAUUUAUUGUUAUUUACCCUGUAUUUGCUAUUCGUCAUACGGACAGUGUCACCGCUUCAUGUGUACGAUCGCCUGACGCUUUUUAAUAUCCGUGACACGUUGGAAAAGUUGCCGUUCGAUGGCUACAGUCACUCAAAGUCACCGCCACCUUUUCUGGCGUUUUUACCACCACAUUUACGGCGCCUUCCUUGUUGGUUGCCACGUACCUACCGCCGCCGGAGGCGUGGAAAGCGGGGAGGAAUUGCUGUCAAAUUGAAAGCCUACCUGGCGUCCUAUCGCUGCGAUCGCUAUCAUCUACCGGCUAGACCCCCGACUGUCUUCAAGGGAUAUGACCUACGGAGUUCCUUGGAGUUCCGUUAUCGGUGGCUUCAGCUGACUCAACGGGACUUCGGGACGCUACUUCCGCGUUGUCGGCCGGUGAGGCUCUCUCUGCGGGGCUCUGUGCCGGGGAACCUUCGCCCGCUCCGCGGCCCCACUCCCCCGGCUGAGCGAUCCCUGGUUCACUCAGCGCUGAUUAACACAAGGUCCCUUACGAAUAAGACGUUUAUCUUGAAUGACUUUUUUUCGGCACAUCAUUUGGAUUUCCUUUUUCUAACGGAGACCUGGUUGAAACCAGGUGAAUACAGCGCCUUUUCGGAGCUCCUCCCAUCCGGCUGCUGUUUCUUCAACACCCCGCGAGCGACUGGCCGUGGUGGCGGCCUGGCUGUUGUAUUCUAGGACAGUUUUAGAUGCAGGCCAAUAACUGCUCAUAAUUAUUCAAGUUUUGAACUGCAGUUAUUCUCUAUUGGGCUUUCUCCCCCAUUGCUUUGUGCCACAAUAUAUCGCCCCCCUGGUUCUAACAAGGAUUUUAUCCCGGAGUUUUCUGAGUUUUUAUCAGAUUUUAUUCCAAACUUUGGCAGGGUUUUAAUUUGCGGGGAUUUUAAUAUCCAUGUCUGCUGCUCAGCUAAUCAGCUGGCAAAUGAGUUUAAAGGACUUCUGGACUCAUUUGGCCUCACCCAGUCUGUGAGUGCCCCAACUCAUGAGCAAGGUCACACCCUGGAUUUGGUAAUUUCACUUGGGCUUUCAGUCUCCAUCACAGAAAUUGUGGAUACUGCUAUCUCGGACCACCUUCCCAUCAUUUUCGACUUUUCUGCCCCUUUUUCUGCCGGAAAGCCAAUAUCUCCAGCCUGCUACCAACGACGCAUUACUCCAUGCACAUCAGGAGAGUUUGUGGCUGCUUUUGGAGACUUACAGCAGCAUCCUGGCGCCGUGCUGCCUUCUCCUCUUUGCUCUGACAGUCUUCUCUCCAUUUUCCAUUCCACUUGCACUGCUGUCUUAGACUCCAUUGCCCCUCUACGGCAAAAAAGCUCCAAACCCAAAGCCACUCCAUGGUUCAACGACAAUACCCGCCUGCUCAGGCAAAAAUGCAGGCGUGCUGAAUGCCAGUGGAAAAAGGACAAACUCCAUGCUUCUCUGCGAUUGCUGAGGGACACCUUAGCUGCCUACCAGGAGGCCAUAAAACAGGCCAAGUCUAGUUAUUUAUCUACCAUUAUAAAUAACAGCUCCAAUCAUCCAAGACUCCUUUUUAACACUAUUGAUUCUGUUUUAAACCCACAACCCACUGUCUUAACUGAUGUGUCAGCUGCCAAAUGUGAAGAGUUUCUCAAUUUCUUUCAAAACAAGGUCUCUUCAGUUAGGCAAAAUGUCUGCAACUCUGGUUUCUCAUCCGAUAACGUACGUCCUUCAGAACUGCUCAAUGUCUUUGAGCAAUUUGAUCAUAUUUCAUUGUCAUCCCUCACCGAAAUAGUUAGUAGCAUGAAACCCACUAACUGUCCAUUAGACGUAAUACCAGCUAGGCUUCUGAAGGAAGUCUUUAGUUGCCUUGGAUCAAGUCUGCUGUCUCUCAUAAACACCUCUCUCAGUUCCGGUUCUGUCCCAGCUGCCUUCAAACAGGCUGUAGUCAGACCCCUUCUUAAAAAACCCCAUCUCGACUCCUCUGUGCUGUCCAACUUUAGACCUGUCUCCCACUUGUCUUUCCUUUCCAAAGUUUUAGAAAAAGUUGUUUUUAUUCAAUUGCAAACCUCCUUAGAGACAAAUUCCACCCUUGACAAGUUCCAAUCAGGUUUUAGGUCCAGACAUAGCACUGAGUCAGCAUUGUUAAAAGUACAUAAUGACAUUGCUCUUUCUGUGGAUAAUGGAAACCCGGCUAUCCUUGUUUUACUGGAUCUCACAGCAGCAUUCGAUACAGUUGACCAUUCAGUCCUUGUAUCUCGUUUAGAACAUUUCAUAGGUAUCCGUGGUAACGCUUUAAAAUGGUUUAAAUCCUAUUUACAACAUAGAACAUUCUCGGUAAUGAUUGGGGAAUUUUCCUCCUCACAAACUUCUCUGUCUUGCGGGGUACCGCAAGGCUCUAUUUUAGGGCCUGUUCUUUUUGCGCUUUAUCUCCUACCUUUAGGAUCAAUUAUAAAAAAACAUAAUAUCGCUUUUCAUUUUUAUGCUGAUGACCUGCAGCUUUAUCUGCCCCUGAGACCUAACAAAAAAACUGCUCUUGCUAAAUUGAUAGGGUGCAUAUCUGAUGUGAAGCAGUGGCUUGCACAAAACUUUUUACACCUUAACGAGAGCAAAACUGAAUUUAUUACUUUUGGCACACCUUCCAUGAUGAAAGCCCUUGAGCCCAACUCUGGCGCUCCGGCUGACAUUUGUAAGACACACGUUAAAAAUCUCGGAGUGAUAUUCGAUAGCAGGCUUAACUUUGAAAAACAGAUUAGUUCCGUUGUAAGAGCAAGUUUUUUCCAGCUUCGUCUCUUAGCCAAAGUGAAGCCUUUUCUUAGUCGCCAUGACCUUGAAAAAGCAAUUCACGCUUUUAUAAGUUCAAGGCUGGACUACUGCAAUGCACUUUAUGUUGGCCUACCCAAGUCCUCGAUCUCUCGGCUGCAACUUGUUCAAAAUGCUGCUGCUCGAUUUUUAACAGGUACACCUAGACGUGAGCAUAUUACCCCCAUGCUAUCAUCACUCCACUGGCUUCCAGUCCAUUUUAGAAUUGAUUUCAAACUUUUACUGUUUGUUUUUAAUUCUAUUAAUGGCCAGGCUCCAUCUUAUCUAUCGGAAAUUUUAACUUUUCGUAACUCUGGCAGGACUCUUCGCUCGACCGGCCAGCUUCUUUUAGAUGUUCCAAGGUCAAAACUUAAACAGUGGGGAGACCGAUCCUUUGCGGUUGCUGCCCCCAGGCUGUGGAACAGCCUUUCCCCCGAAAUCCGCACCACCACGGAUGUAGGUCUUUUUAAGUCUCGGCUAAAAACACACCUUUUUAGACUCGCCUUUUACAAAGAUUAGGAUAGCCUGGUUUUAUUAGCUUAAGGGCUUUUUUAAUGUUUUUUCGAUUUUAUCGGUUUUAUUGUUUUACUUGCUGGAAUGUUAUUGCGAUGCGCUCUUUGUUUUAUUUUAUUUUUUAAAAUGUCAUUGUAUAAUAUUUUCCUGCCUUUUAUUUAUCUUGAGCCAUGUUUUGUUGUAAAGCACUUUGAGGGCCUUUCGGGUUUUGUAAAGGGCUAUAUAAAUAAAUUUUGAUUGAUUGAUUGAUGAAACCCCGGGAGUAUUUUGCAUUGGGGCGCAUUGAUCUCUGGUGUGCGCGUAGUGCCAUUAGGUCGGAAGUGGUGUGAUUUUGGUCACAUGAGCCAAUCAGGUAGCCGCUUUCUUCUCACCAUAACAACCAGAUAUCAAAAAUGGCGACUACAACAUCGGAGAGCGAAGACGAGCGAAUGGAGAAAAAAGUUAAAAAGAGAGCGCAGAAAGUGGGAAAUAAACGAUGCUACAUGCAUCUUUUUUCCGUGAAGAAUGAGGACGUCUUGGACCUCACUUUUCAACGGUGGAACACGUACAGAACCUGCUUAAAAAGUGGCUUUGUCUUCACGGCGCUAACAAGGAUCUUGCAGGAAUAUACAAACGCUGGAUUCCACACUACAUGCUACCGGUGUUUUACUGAUAAACAGAAAUUGUUAAAGGCUGAGAAAAAAUUCGCACGUGCUGGGGGAGAGCCAUCUGCAGCCGCGAGCCAUUCUGACCCCCCCCCUGCGAGUAUGAGCGAAGUUGCAGAAGCGUCUGAAACUCCCAGAAAAACACUUUGUUCCCGUUCAGGUUUGCCCAUCGCUUCUGCUGGCCCUGUCCUUCCAGCCAUCUGCAUUAUUUGUAAAAAAAAAGUGUCAAAGUAUGCUCGUUUGGGAUCGGAAGGCAAACGGCAGCGGGAUCAUCUCGCCAAAGCAGAGACAUUGUCGGCAGGUAUGUGCCUCACACACACGCGCCCAUUUUUCUUUACAAUAUGACCAAUAUUUAUUAAUGGACUGAAAAUAAUUUGUUAAUUUUUAAGGCUAUAGUUUAGUAAACACGCGAGCUGCUGAAUGAUUUAUCGAGUGAAUCCAGCAGUGGUUACCAAACUCGGGUUAGCUGUGCCCCUCACAGUAAUAGAUCACAGCUACACCCCCCUCCCCACCAACCACAACAAACCCUUUACUUUUAAAUCUGUGAUGUGCAUAUACUGUGAAAAGCAGUGAUGUGACAGUAAUACUUAUUAUAAUUCUUUUUUUGUGUAAAGGCCGGUUGCUGCAGGCAGCAUAGAUGAAGAAAGACUCUUCAAUCCUUCAACAUAUCAAAGACAAAGACUGUGUUGCAAUGGAGGUGCGAUACCAUAAAUCCUGUUACCGAGAUUACACCAGGUUCCUAAACCAAGUCAACAGCAACAGAAACUGCAACGAGGGACGAAGAACUACAACCCUAUGCUGAGAGCUACAAACUCUUUUGUGAACAAGUGGUCUGUCAAAGGAUUAUCGUUGACAAAGAAGUGCUCAGAAUGGACAAGCUAAAAAGGUUUUUCGUGAACACCGUGAAGAACCAUGAGGAUCUUGAUCCUUCAGACUACAGGUAGGUUUUGCUGAAAAGAAGAUUGAAGCGCGAUUUCCUCCAGUUGGUUUUUCACACCCCUUUCCAGCGCAACAUGUCUGAAAUUUUUUUUUUUUUUUUUUGGAGACAUUAUCAACAACAAACUUUUAGACAGGAUACCUCAGUCAUCGUGUACAUCAGCUACCGAAUCUACUGAGGUAAGCCAAGAAAGUGACACUGAAAAAAUGGCUAGCACAACAUCUGGUUGGAAAACCAGCUCUGGGCCCAAGUGUUUGUUCAGCCCUCAUUGGCAUCCAUACAUUCACAGGUUGUGACUCGACCAGUGCCUUUCAUGGCAAGGGCAAAACAAAGACAUUUUCUCUUGCUUGUCAGCAAGUAGAAUACCUGACUGCGUUUACAGAUCUGGGUAGUAGUUUUAACCUUGACCAGUCUACAUUUGAGGCAUUGAGCAAAUAUAUGUGCCAUCUAUAUGGCCAGUCAACUGCCAAAAAUGUCAACGAUGCAAGAUACAAGGCAUUCUGUAUGGCAUCGUCAGCUUUGCCAGAACUGUCCAUUCCUCCAACAAGUGAUGCUCUCUUCCAACACAGCAAAAGGGCAAACUACCAAGCGACAUUCUCUGACUGGUAUGAUGUGUGCCCCUUUACCAAUUGGCAAUGGAUGGGACAUUGAGGAUGGUGAAUUAACAGUAAAAUGUAUGACUAGAAAUCCUUCCCAAGAUAGUGUGCUACAGGUCUGUGGUUGCAAGAUAAGCAAGUGUGAGACUGAAUGAUGUUCAUGCUUGUCUGCAAAAAUGUCUUGUACAGUUUUAUGCCACUGCCAGAACUGUGAAAAUAUUUCAAAGGAAACAGAAAGAGGCACAUGGGAUAAUGACACUGAUGAUAGUGAUAUUGAUGAGUAAUCACCCACCAUGUAAAAUCUGUCCUAAGUUUUGAUUCAUUAUCAAGAUGGUACUCUCCAUUUUAACACUUUUAAAACAAAAAAAAUGUCUGUAUUGCCUUUUCCCAAAACAUACACCUUUGUUCAAUUUGACUGCCAAAAAAGAUGGAUGUUCCAACGAAGUGCCAUGGUUUUAUUGUGAAUGCACAUUUGAUAUAUGUAUAUGUAUGUGUAUAUGUAUGAUGUAUGUAUAUAUAUUAUUUUUUUGUGUGAGGCAGGGAUGGGGGUGUAAAUGACAUGCUGUGACAUAAUCUGACACUUUAAUAAAUACUCUUUGUUACAAUUAUCUGGGCUCUUAAUGCAUUUAUUUUCAUCCAGUCCAUUUUGCCGUGUUCCAGUUUUGAGGUGCAUGGUAGGAUUUUCAGCC